GAGAGCCCGGGGCCCGAGCGGGAGGAGAGACACAGAUCGGAGUCAGGCACCGAGAGGAGAGCACAGCCAGCGGGACACAGCCAUGAAAACCCCGGCAGAGCCAGGUAACAGCAACAACAACAACACAACUAGUACACAAACUACUGCACAACACAGCCAGGUAACACCACAACUAGUACACAAACUACUGCACAACACAGCCAGGUAACAACACAACUAGUACACAAACUACUGCACAACACAGCCAGGUAACACCACAACUAGUACACAAACUACUGCACAACACAGCCAGGUAACACCACAACUAGUACACAAACUACUGCACAACACAGCCAGGUAACACCACAACUAGUACACAAACUACUGCACAACACAGCCAGGUAACACCACAACUAGUACACAAACUACUGCACAACACAGCCAGGUAACACCCCAACUAGUACACAAACUACUGCACAACACAGCCAGGUAACACCACAACUAGUACACAAACUACUGCACAACACAGCCAGGUAACACAAACUAGUACACAACUAGGUACCAAAACUACUGCACAACUAGUACAUAAUGUGUCAAUUACUGAGCAUUCAUGUACCACAACUACACAAAGUGUCAACUACUUCACAGCCAGGUAACACAACUACUACAUUAAGUGAUCACUGGCUGCUAGGUAAUAACUAGACAAAGUAUAAAAUACUGCACAACCAGUUAUCACAACUACACAUAGCAACUACUUCUGCACAAACAGGUAACACAACUACAAAGUGACACUUAGCCAGGAAACACCUUUACACAAAGUAACACAAAUACUGUACAGCCAUGUAACACAUCUAAACUGACCCAGUUAUCACAUAGCCAAGUAACUACUAAAAUGGCAACUAUUGCACAGCCAGGUAACACAACUACACGAAGUGACACCGCUACUGCACACUCACUCAUCCUGACCAGGAUCUGUAACAACACAUAAUGACACCAACAACAACAGAAAGUGACCCAACUACUGUACACUAUCCUGAACAGAAAUCUGCGAAAGCCGUGCAGGACCAGGAUACAAAACAAGCAACACAAGCACUACACAUCCAUGCUGAGCACAUACCACACAGCCAUAGAACUCAGAUACUGCGACAAUUUAAGUGAUAGAAUUAGUGAUCCCCACUCCCCCCAUACAAAGCCAGGUAUCACACCGAGACAAGUUCAUGAAGACCCAUGCAGAGUCUCGUAACUCAACAGCUGCACAAACGGACACAGCUACUGUACUUCAGCGUACACACAUCCCGAGCUGAGGCAGAUCACACCACAAAUAGCACAACCAGUACACGGUGUGCCACUCCAUACAGCCCGCAAUGAAGAGAACAGCCAUAGAAACAGAACCAGGUACAACACACACACACAGAGCUCUAAAGUCACAAAACCGUGUCCUGCUGCUCACACACAACACAGUAAGAGAAGUGCAUGGCCAGGACAGAUAGAUCCGCACCACAGAGCACAGCUGCCAGGCACACAUGUGCCAGGAUAACACACAGCCUGUGAUACACACAAUCGAGGCAACGUCAGCCAUUAAAAUGCAUCGCACUUGUUGCUUUUCACGGUUAGACCUUGUCCAAAUCACGAGGGGGUCUGUGCAGUGCUCCCAUGUGUGCCCGUUUUGAGAUUUUGUAGACCCUGGUUCCCUGUAUUGAACCAUGCUGUUAUGUUUGUGCUAAAUCCCUGUAGUUGUGUUGAUAAUUUUGUGUUGUGGUUCAUUGUGUGUGUUUCCGCCAUGGUUUCUAUUGGUGUGGAUGCGAGGCCAGCGCUGUCUCUGGGGGUUACCCUUCUAUGAGUGACUGCAUCACUCUACAUUGCCUGUAUGUUUACAUGUAGGGGUUCCCCUGAUUGCUGUUUAACCUUUAGGGUUAUUGUCAGGUCUUGGGGGACCUUGACACGGGCAGUAGUGUUCGGUUUUCAGGCCCUCCUCCGGACGGAUACAAUGUAUCCGUGCUCCACGUUCCAAAUGGAACUUUUUGUUUCCGACAAACAGCGUGCUCUUAAGGUGGUACAGCCGGCCUGGACUGCUCGUUUGUACAUGCCCAGUCUCUGCCUUUAAAGGCACAGAUCACGUAAAGUCUGUUUAAAACAUUCAGCGUAAGAUCGUUUCCUUAACUGAGCUUGUGGCAUCUGUUAACUAUUUAACUCCCGAUACGACAGAAUGCUAACAAUGCGAUAUCCUGCUCUUAUCGUGUUUGCCCUGUCUUCGGCAUGUGAUGUGCCUAUCUUUGUAUUACAUGUAUCAGUGUUUUAAUGGAGAGAUUCAUGACCCCAAAUGAAUUUUCAGGACAUGCAACAAACCCGAGACUUGUUGCUGCAGUACUAAACACAGUUCUAGCAGGAUAUUUUUAUUUUUUCACCCACUUGUUUGCUUUUUCCCUCUUCCUUUUCACGUUUUCGGUUUAUUGAGACAUCGGUAUUGAUAUGUUCUUAGUGCAGCCUUGUUCUGUGCUGUACACAUAAGUGGGAAUUUUUUUUUUCUGGUAUAGUACAAAAUCAACUAGAUUUUAAAAAAAUGUUUUUUGGGGGGGUUUUUUUUUGGGGUUUUGUUUUAAUAUAUAAACAGGGCUUAUAUUCAACUCUUCAUUGUGUUAUGUUUCUUACUGUGCCUCCUCUUAUUUUAUGGUCUUAGCAUUUGAAAACCCCUGCAAUAACACUUUUUGUUUCUUUAACCAUAAUGAAAAUCAUAACCCUUACCUAACUGUAAAUUACACUUUUUCUUUAUAAAGCGCCAUCUUAUUCUCAUGCUGUCUGCACAUUUUGUAAAGUAAUGCCAAUUCUAUUUACAUUCUAGGGGGAAAAACUGCCCAUUUAAAUGAGUGCAGAAUCCAAGCUGUCAGUUUCCUUGAUACUUUGUCCCAUAUACUUUUUUUUUUUUUUUUCUCUCUCUCGCUCUCUCUCUUCUUGGAUACCCAACAUAAUUCUAAAAUCUUUAUCUUUUUUUUCUUCUCUGUUUGGCGCCACCUUAAACCCCCUCCCCUCAUGGGUAGCCUGAUUGUCUGUCUUUUGGAAUUUGAAGCCUACCCCCCAUCUGCAUCUCCCCCCCCUCCUAAACUCACUAUUCUGCUUCUGUUAAAACUUGUCCCUAAUUGAGGCUCUGAAACUACUCGCAUGUCUUGGUUUGGGUGUCUGUUAAAAUCAUGACUAUGCCAGGAUAUUGCUGGAAUAAAAACUCAGACUUGGCAAAACCGUCAAGUCUUAAAAUAAAAAUCUAGAUGGGCGUAGAGUAGGGGGUAUUGAAACCCAUUGCUAGACUUUUUGCGUGCACAAGAAGGCCCCGUGUUAUUGACUGCAUUAUAACUAGUGUAGCCUGACUUGUGAUCAAAGUUUGAUAUUUCAGAGUCGUUUUUGUAAUGUUAGAAAUCUGUUUUUGGUCUUGGAGCUUGGGUGGUAACACGACGUUGUUAUACUUUCUGAUUUCCCCCUGCAGCAAAAUGAAUAGGCAGGCUUUCUAGUUUUCCAGCCAGAGACUGUGAGGUUGUUUUUUAUUUUAUUUAUAUGUAUAAAGUAUUGGCAGUGACUCUGACACUUAAGGAGUUAAACACCAGCAUUAAGUUGCAGGCCUAGACAGAUGGAAAUUCCUUGUAAACUUUCCACUGUUUUAAAGGCAGAAAUGUGUGUGCUGGUUCCUGCAGUCUGUGUCUUUAACAGCAGUCCUGGAAUCAGUGAUGUAAUGUUAGUUUUUCAAGCAGAGAUUGAAUUCCAGCCUUUUAGCUUUUGGCUCAAGGGAUUAGAGAGAGGGUGGUGUGGUUUGGGAUCGGGAAGAGGGAGGGAGUGUAUAUAUGAGUGUGUGUGUGUGUGUGUGGAAGGGGGGUUGUUGAUAUAUUUAAAGAGAGAGAACUGCAAAACACUGUGGCUGUACUGCUUUGUUUUGCAGUUCCUCUGGCCUUUUCCUUAAACACUUUAAUUUCUCUUUUUAUAUGUAUAAAUGGUAACUUUGUUUUCCAGUUUCACUAAUGACCCUUUCCAGUUUGGGCUGCAGACUGACCAUAGGGUGGGCACUCUGAUUAAAUAGUUUGGUUAUUGUCAAAGAUAGGACAAUGUCAGGGGGGAGUGACAUCAGUGGUGCCUGUAAGACUGCUUGAGACAAAGGCCAGUUUGCAGUGAGGGGUCUGUUUGUGUGCUUUAGAUAUGUAGAUUGCAAGAGAAGGUUAAAAGGACUUUCACAAUUGUAAAUUCCUAUUUUUAUGUUCCUUUUUAUAACAAACAUCUUCAACCCUCUCCACCCCUUUAUAUAAAUACAAGAAAGGUGUGCUUCGGAUGAUAACAGAGCUUGUUCUUUCAAAACCCAGGGUGCCUGUGUGCACAAAGGCCAAUAUGUCCAAGCAUUGGUGUUUUCUAAUUAAAUGCUUUACUAUUUAAAUUACUUGCCAUUCCCGUACAUUCUAGGAGUCACAUAGGUAUGUCUGUGCCAUUGUGUACUAAUUUGGUAAUGUCAAUUUGUGCUAUCACUUAAUUACCUAUUCCUCUCUAGAUAAUAUUGGUUUAAAUAGCUUUAUUACUCCUGUGAUACAAAAGCGAAAUAAACUAUUAGUCUCUUCUGUUAUCAAAUUCUAACUUUAUAAAGGGACGACAUCCCAAAAACUUGAUGUUCUAAAACUCUCAUAGUCCAAAAUACAUAAUAUAUUGCAAUAGUGUGUUUUGUUUAUCAGUUGUGUAAUGUAACAAAACAAAAUGCAGUCUGUGUAUAGGGGUAGAAGUCACACAGCCGGUUUAUUAAUACAAGAAAAUAAAAUCAGGAACCACAACCAAUAAACAAAUCUGGUUUGAACCCCCUUAAGGACACAUGACGGAAAUAUUCCGUUAUGAUUCCCUUUUAUUCCAGAAGUUGUGUCCUUAAGGGGUUAAAAGUGGCUGGGUAUUAUUUUACCACCUGUAACAGAACGUGGCAAGCUAGCUGUCAGACCCCAAAAUGCAUCAGACUCUAGCAGUGCUACGUUGAGGGAAUCGCCAUUUAAUUUAAAUUUUUUUGGGGAAUACUGUGGGCGCAUCUUUUUGCAGACUCCAUUUUAUUCCAUUUUGAUCUGUAAAAUCUAUUAAUUUGUCUCAAGAUAAACCCCAGGCUUAUAUCCUUCCCUGAAGUGUCUUUCCAUGCCAAUGAAAGUUGCCAUCAACCAUUAUAUCCACGCACAAAAUAGGUUAUUCACGCGGUUUCCAAGAGAUUGCUCUUAACCAAAACUAUAUAAUUUGCUGGAAAGGGAAAUGUUUAGGUUAAAGGAAGCAUGCAUUUUUUUCCCCCUCUUCUCCUGUUUGUGUGCAUGUGACUACUUAGCUACAUGUAUUUAAUUUUGUGUUCCCUGGUAAUUUUCUUAAAUUGGUGAAGUAAGUCAUUUUGUUAUUAAAGGGAUUGAGAUACACCAUGAACCAGGCAGCCAGAACUCCUUGAAAUAUUACUGCUGCCAUUUUCAUGGUUUGAAAAAUUUUAUACAUGUCUUGGCUCACAAUAAAUGGAGAUUAAGAUCUAAAUUUGUUGGAUCUUAAAAUUGAAUAUGUAUUUUCCAAGCCUUUGUGUAUAUUAAUAUUCCUCCUUUAUGUCAUAACUCUGAAAUCUUAUAAAUAUAUAAACAGCAUAGUAUACUGUACGGUGUACCCCCAUGCCAUGGAAGAAAGUCCUUUUUACAUAGCAAAGCUUUGGAGGGUAUCCUAGAACAAAAAACAGAAAUAAGAUCAUAUACUUAUCAAAUAAACAGAAGACAGCUUCCCACCGGACACCUCCUAAAUAGUGUUACAUCUAUACAAGCCAAAAGAUACAAUACACGUGGGAUUCAGCUGCUAAAUCUAAAAAAUAAAUUAAAUACAUUUUAUAUUUUUUAGAUUUAUCAGCUGAAUCCCACGUGUAUUGUAUCUUAAAGCUUUGGAGGAAUAUGUAUAUAACACAUGCUGUGUCAAUCUCCUAAGCAGUUUUCUAUUUACUAGGACAGUUACUGGUAUAUGUAAAUUAAUCCUAUUUCAUGUGUUCCCCAUUUUGGUAAACUGGUUUUGUUUGUCUCUAUCUCCUCUCUUACCCCCCACCCCCCCUCCUUCAGCAAGAUGUUUUGGUUUCUUUGCUUAUGAAAAAUUUCAGCACUCGUGAUUAGAAAUGGGUAGGUGUCACGAUGUCUGUAGAUUUUCAUUGAUGUUUCAUUAUAUAAUGGGUAAACGCAAAGGCCUGUUCGCUAAACUAGGAGUUGACGUGAGACUUGACUAAAGAAUUGCAAAUGUUAGGACAAAGUUGCCUAAUAGAAAACACUUUCCAGAUUAGCUCUUUGUGCAUAAAAUGUGCAUUUAUCUUAACAGGCCUCCAAAUAUUUAGUUUAUUCAUUAAACCCGUUAUCUUUUUUUCCCCUAGUUAUCGGGUGUUAACAUGUGUCACAGUGAAUGCAGGGACCAGAGACCUUGUACUUUCUUGGAAAUUUCACGUGUUUUGUAACUUGUCAGGAAAGAACAGAGGCUUACUCUGCACAUUGUGUUGUUGAUUUGAAAGGGUUAAUGGUCCUCUUCACAUGACAUCAUAUUGGGGGGGUUUGUUUGAUCCUUUUUGAACAGUCACACUGUGUGGGGGCCCUGAUAUGUACCCCCACACAUCAGGCUGUGAUUGAGGGGGUGCUUCAAUGUGGGCAGGCGAAGGAUUUAAAGCAAGUCUGUCAGUGGGAUGAUGUAGUCACAGAGCUGGCAUGCUGUUGGUUAGGUAGUAGCUUUCAAGAGCAUGUGUCACAAACAUAUUUUUCUUAAGAUAUUUUUUUUUUUUUUAUAUUUAAUUUUAAACUCUGUGGGCUGCGUAGAUUCGUAGAUUGUCUUAUGAAGUGAAUUCAAUUUUUUUAUUUUCUUUUUAUCUCAGAUAACAUGGGGGCUGUUGAAAAGAGACACUUAAGCCACAUGCAUAGUGUUUUGUUUUUUAUACGUGGAUUGUUGAUUUCAAAUCUAGACCGAUCACUCACUUGGUUAGGUGACUACAGCUCUUGACCUAUUGCAGGCAAUCCAUUUAAUCUUCUGAUGUUCUUGUGUUUCAAUUAGCCUGAAAGGCUGACUUUUCUGGGACUCCAGUACACCUUUUUCAGCAGAUAUUGAUAUUGUAAUGGGCCAUAGUGAAGUAUUCACAAACAACCAAAAAUUUACUGGUACAUUUUCUUACUCUCCUUUUUAUGGAUAACAGCCGCGAACACGCUUUGCAGACUGCCUCCAUUCAGUUGUAUGAAAGCAUGUUAGGCCUAUAGCAUUUCUGUAAAAUACAAUUUCUUAAAAACUUUUACCUGUCCUAGGAUCAUGGAUUGGGGUUGCUCAGUCUUGUAAGUCAGGAAGCAAAGUUGCCACCUGCAUGAAACUUUAAACUAUGUAAAAAGCUGUAUAUUUACAUGUGGAGUAGGGUGUAUUUAAAUGUGCAUUUUUGUUUUGUGCCUUUGUAGCUGAAUUCUUGGAGCUGAGGUUCUUUUUGUUGCCGCACUGCCCCUAAGAACCUUCAGCUAAUUAAAACAUCUGACUUUUGGUAAAAUCCUAUUUAUAAAGCUGUAAUUGAAUCCUAUAUAGGCAGCAGGCUUGAACCAAUGCAGCCUUCCCUUUAUGUAUAUUUGGGAGUAACACGGCGAGGCUUGAGGGAUACAUUAAUCUGUCUGCUUCUCGCUUCGUGGAUGAAUCUAUAUAUCUAUCUCUCUAGAUAGAGACAAGUAAUGUAUGCCACUCCUUUUCACAGUAACAUACAUUAGGGUCACAAAUGUAUUGGAACGUUAAAAAUCCAUAGAGAAGGGAGGGUCACCAAUUAAACUUAGACUGCAGUUGAUGGGCGUAUGUUUACACACAGUUUUGUGGUUUCAACUUGGUUAAUUUGCUUUGCUCCUCCAAUGGACUGUAAACUCCACUACUGGAGUAUACUUGUAGUACGAAGUUAUUUGUAUAUUCUAGUAACUAAAAUUACAGUACAUGAGCAUAUGCUAUAACAUUAAAUAAAUAAUUGUUAGUCUUAGAUCUGGCCUUUUUAUAGCUCAUAAAAUAUCCAUGGUGUUAAAUACUGUUCUGUCAAUUGGCUUUACGUUAAUAAGGAAGCAUCAUAAUCUCGAAGUACUACAUGUAGACCAUUUCUAUGUUUUGUAACUUUUUUUGUUUUAUAAGAACACAUUUUAGUCUAUUUAGUUUCCAGCCUUUUGUUUUACUGUGCAGUAUCCAUCCCAUAAUAAUUAACAGCAUGCAUCUGAUUCCUUGUUCCUUAUUGGCUGUUAAUGCUGUGUAUUUAAGAGAUUUGUGUGGUUACUAUGCAUACCUACUAUCUAUGCAAUUAAAUACUUUGUUCAAAGCUGGUUAUGUUUGGUCAUGUUUCCAGUAAAGAUCCCCUCCCCUCCUUUUUCUUUGGUGUGCACUCUAGGUUCUGCCUGCAACAAUGCUGUAGAUAUCACUUUUUAGAUAUAGACACCCUGCGGGGUGAACAGUAUUCAGUGUCACAGAUGUCUUGUUCAAGUUAUUACUUUAUCUGAAAGGUGGUUAGCAUUUUCUGUAAUCUGUAAUGUCACUGCUACAUAUUUAGUUUUGUCUCUGUCUACUUUAACACGAAUUUAAAUCCAUGUGCCCUGAUAACUAAUUGUGGAAUAGAAGUUUGUCACACUACAAAAUCCAUUGAAACAGUGACUUCCAGCUCAGAUGAAAUCUACAAUAGGAUCUACCUCUAGGGCAUGAUGGCACUAAGUUAUUGGGUGAAUUUUCUACGUACCCUAAUGAGUCUAAAAAGUCCAUGACUCGAUCUUGCUCUUCUGUCCAAGGGCUUGUGAUAACCACUAAGCUUUGCACAAAUCUGCUAGAUAUAUAAACCAUAUGGUGCCAUAAUUAAGUGUUAUGGGAAAUUUCACAAGUCCUGCUUUGCAUUUUAAAGACUUCAGCAGAAUAAAAUAGGUGGUAUUCUCCCUAAAAUACAAAAUCACUAAAUCUGUCCCCAUUUGUCAUCCUUCUCGAUGUGGGGAGAAAGAGAGUCUGGAGAACCCUUUUGAUGCCCUAAUGAACAAAAUUUGUAGUCUUGCGUUACUAGCCAGGUGUAAAGGUAUCUCGCCACUGCAAGCGUUACAAAAGCACUGCUUAGAGGGGUAACCAGUGCUGCAGGAAUGUUAACAAGGAGAGAUAAUUUCUGGACUUUGUUCUCAACCAUCCUUAGUGUUUUUUUUUUUAUUUUUUUUAUUUAUAAAUCAAUAUGUCUGACUCUGUGCAUGUCUGCAUAUUUUUUGUAUGUAAACGAACAUAAAGUGACAUAGCUUGGUAAGUUAGAAAACAGUUUGUGUUCUAAACUGUGACAUAGACCCCCUUAUAGUUGCUGAUCUUCUAAACACAAAGUUGUAAAAUUCUGUCCUCCCCAGACUGGUAAGAUACACCUCUCAAAAGUCUUUUGAUUGCAUAUAAAGUUGUAGUCCAACAAAAUUUGGGAGUAAUUUAGGUUUUAAAAAAAAAGUAGCAUUUAACUUUAAAUUGUGAUUUUUAACAUUGUCAUAAAUCUGUUUCACUUGAAAGAAACAAUUACAUUUUUGGCGAUAUCUGACUAUUUUGUGGUCAAAAGGAUUCUCCUCCCCUAGUUUGUUGCAAAAUUGGAAGCGCUUCAGACUGGUUUAUUUUCCUUCUUUUGGAUCAACAGCAAAGGCUGUUGAUCCAAAAGAGGAAGGCUGAACUUUAUGGACGCAAGUCUCUUUGCAGUUAUGUUACUACGUGACUAGACCUCAAGUAAUCAGUCGUCCAUAAAGGUGUAUAGUCUUAAACGUUGGACAGGAUAUGGUCAGCAGAUCGUCAUAUGGUGGAUGCUCCUCUGUCUCCAUAGAUGCCCUUAUUGUUUAACAAUGAUAAUGCAUUAGUGCCCUCUCAAAAACGAUCAGUUGUUUUCGGACCAUUGAUAUGUUAGAAUCGUGAAAAUGACUCCACUAUUGAGCUAUGCAUAAAAGUUUGAGAGAAAAUGGUUCAAUUAAUCUUCUUAUUCUUUAAAAAAUAUGUUCUGAAUCUGUUGCAAUAGUGAUAUUAAGAACCUGUCCCAGAAUGUUUUGAAGUCCAAAUAGUAAAACAUGGCAUACGCACAAAACUUGUUUUACAAUUGCUGCAUCUUGUGUAGCUAGAUAGCUUAUCUGUAAAGGUUGCAGUUGUGCACCCUAAAAGAUGCUCACCCUUUAUACCAGAAAGACCAACGUGUUUUGGUAACCACAGCUUCCUUUUAUGGGGAUUUUCCGUGUCCUCUUUCCCGGGGAAGUUCUGAUGUUUAACGAGCAGGAAACUAAUCGUUAUACAUAUGACUGCAGAAUCAUGGGGUUCAUAUAACUGUUAAAUUCAUUUUAAGAGGCGGAAAGUGUUCCAGAGAAGAUAAUUACAACAAUGAUUUGUGUAUAUGUUUAUUUUCCUGCCUGCUGUGUAGCUCUCACCCAAAACACGCCUCUUCAAUGGGGCUUUUGUUUCUCACCAGCCAGUCCUUCCAACAUGUUUUAGAUAGUCAGGAGUAGCCAACCGGUAGCUCUAUAGCUGUUGUGGGAGUACGGCAAACCGGUAGAAAUUUGCUUGUUUUCCACCCUAAAACAAGCAGUUAGUGCUUUAAUUUGCAAUCAAAUUUUGGCCAUUUUUAAUUCACAAGUUCAUCUUGCUCCUUCACUUGCAAACAAACUGAUAUUUUUUUUUUUUUGUUAAUCCAGCCAUUACAAAACUGGUUUUAUAAUCUUCUGUGAUUGCUAGCCUAGAGUUCCAAUGAUCUUAGGUUUUCCUGUGAUGGAAAAGCCAGUCGGGUAUUGAACAUUUUCCAGGCUAAGUUUGCAAGUUUUAAAUGUCUUUACAGUAACAUUACAUUUUUCAAUUGCUUUUCCAUCUUAUUUUUUUUGAGGGCAAAAAAACCAAUAUAGUGUAAUAAAAUAAAAACACAGCUGUUUGAAUUGGUGCCAUUUACUCUUUGGUCACAAUGCCCGCAUCCCUCCCAAUUUUGUGUUCUCGACUUGUAUGCGCACGCUCCUCUGUGUUGUCCUCAUCACCUAGCUUAGCUUUAGUAAGGUUACAUGUUCCAUUUGUCCUUCCGGCAAGGUUUGCUUGCAUUUGGUUGCACGAAGUACCUUUUGCCAACGCCUAUUAACCCCUGCUUUGCAUGAGAAGACUGUAAGUACUAACUGUGCUCAUACACACCUUGAGCAGGAACCAGCUUUGGGUUUUCCCCUUGAGGAUAACAAAAACCAAUAGGGAAUCCCUGACCGAAAUAGAUGUACUGUUGAGAUUAUUGACUGUUUACAUUCAGUUAUCCCAAAGGUCUAACUGCUUUAGUGCCGUUGGGACAUGCCCCUCUGGCAAGUAAAUGGUUAAUGUGCCAUUGCAGGUAUGACACCCACACAAUAGCCAGCGGCAUCCAGCUAUUACCUCCGAAAAAGUUUUUAGCUAGGGAUGACAAGCUGAGCUUUGUUCUAGACUUGUCACACCCUGGGGUGGAUUUUGGGGCUGCUGGCCUGAAUAGGGGGGUGCUUACGUUUUGAAAUUAUGUGAUCUAUAACAAAGCAAUGUUUGUUUAGAGGUUCAUAAAAGAUUAACUUUUGUUUUGUCUCCUCACACCCCCUCCCUUUCCCCCCACAUUAUAUUUUAGUUGUACCAUGCUUUGAUAUCACCCACCUUGCUAAGCUGCUUCCCACAUUCAGUACUGAAAGCAGUUGCUUAAGAUAGACCCAGGCAAAGUAAGUGUACAGGUGGCUGUGUUUUAAGAACUGCAACCUUUAAACAUACAGAACGGGCACCACCCACAUACGUUUGAGCAAUUAUUGGCGCUAUUCUGGUUAUAUACAUUAGUAUGAAGUCUAAUAACUGUAAUGCCAUUUUGUGUGUGUGCGUGUGCUAUUAAAAAAAAAUAAAAUAAUAAUAAAAAAAAAUAUGGCUGUCAGAAAAAGUGUCUGAAAGGUAUCUAGAAUACCUAUACCCAGUGUCUGGCACUCUUUAAUCUGUCACUUGCCUCUGUGCUCACCCACGCAAUAGGUAAAUACCAACAAGUACCACUCGCAUGACUUCUAAACAUCGUAUUUUAUUGUGUCAAAGUGCAUGAUGCCAAAAAAAAGAGAAGUGUGUGUGUGUGUGUGUGUGUAUAAGACAAGUUUUUUUUUGUCUGUGAAAGUUAAAUCAGGAUUUGAGUAGAUUUAAUUUUGGUGUGUGUGUAUGUAUGUAUGUGUAUAUAUAUGUGUGUGUGUGUGUAUAUGUGUAUAUGAAUUUUUUUAUUUAACCUUUUCAAUGCCAUGCUAGCUUAAUGAAUGGAUCACCUUGGUAUAUACAUAUUGGGAAAGGGGUUGCACUUUAGCUUAAGAAAUUCUUUCGUUCUUGGAAAACUUCAUGAAAUCAUCCAGUGGAGAGCUUCAAGAAAAGGGGAAUAAGUACUUUCCAAAAGUUAUCAACCCUCCCCUACUCCUCUCCCCAGACGUGAGCUACAUGGCGCUUGGCUCUUUUCCUGUCUGAGACGUCUAGUCUUUUUUUCUGUUUCUAUUGCAGGAUCUGCGAUAUGGGGCCAUGUCGGCACUUCGUAUGUAAAAAAUAAAUAAUGGAAAAAAAAUUCAAUAUAUCUGCUGCCACUUACUGUGCUGAUCUUUUAUGGUAUCUUUAUUACCUUGUGGGGUUUUUUUUGUUUGUUUUUUUUGGGUGGGGAUUUAAAUUUUUAAAUUUUUUUAAUUUUCCAUACUCGUGAAAUUACACUCAUUUCCUUCACUUGCGAAUUGUGCUCCAUAAUAAGCAACCUGCAGCUCCCAAGUUAUUUUGUCAACCUUUGACAGAGGGUCAUGAGAGUCGUACUCAAAGAGCUAGAGUGACGCAGGUUGGUGAACCCUACGCCAUGGGGCUGUGAAUACUGUAGAUUUGCAGUGAAAUUUGAACCUUGACCCGUUCCAGGUAAACUAAAUGAACAGCUGUUUUGGCAGGAAGCCAUGGAACUGUGAAUUUGUUGAUAGGGAGAUCAGCAGUGGCAGUAGCCUCCUAUAAUCCUCCAAUGAGAAGCCUACAGAUAGGGCAUUAACCUUUUUAGUCCCAAAGGGUGGCUGUGCUGCUCAAUCUCCCUGCCAGCAUUUUAUUUUAAUACCUACAUACAGACAUCGACCAGAAAUGCACCGAUGCCAUGCCUUUUUUUUUGUUCAGCUUCUUGUCCUGCGAUUUAUUUGUUUUUACUUGUGCCAACCACUCUGUUCUCUGUAUAGUAGUGUAAAUUUUCUCUAAAAUCCUUAAUUAUUUCCUGUGCAAUCUAUUGCAGGAUGCUAUUGGCUAGAAAGUACAUUUUUUAUUUUUUAUUUUUAUUUCACACUUUGCUUUAUCCCCUUUUCUAAAUCCAGUCUCUCCAUACCCCGCCUCCCCCCAUGACCUUGUCAGCCAUUGAACUGAGGUCACAGCACUCAUUCUCUUGGUUUAGCGUUUCCAGCAAGACGCUGUGUAUUGAUUUGUAACUCUAUCCCUCUGCCCUUGCGGUGGGUGAUAAUAGGGCAAUGCCAGGUAUCAGUGGCGCAGUGUGGUUACUGUGUGUCUGCGAUUUCUCCUACAGGCGUUUUUUGCAACCGUCUUGGAGAUUCAAAUCUGACCUUGCGAUGGGUGCAGAUGAAUAGUCUAUUUUUAAAAAGGAAGAAAAAACACAUACCAGGCAUGAUGGGCAUUGUAUUCCAACUUACUCACCCUUCAGGUACAUGAGGGAUAAAGCACCAUUUAAAAAAAAUAUGACACAUGUUUUGAUGUGGAUAUCUGUUUUGCUCAUUAAACAGUGAGAUAUCCAAUAAACGUAAUAUACUUUAUGUAGCAAAGCAUAAGGUGAGGUGUAAUAUCUUUUUGCUAACGCCACCCAAAACUGUAUGUAUCUGCUUUUUACUAAAUUUAAUGGUUUUUAUUUGGUUUCACUGCUGAGAUUUAGGACAUGUCUUUUUUUUUAAGACCCCAAGUUGGUCACCUUGUGAAAUAAAUCACCCGUCCCUAUUUGUUGAUUUGAAUCACAUAAACUCACUCAAUAACUUAUGAAGACCGAAUUGCAAUAUACAUAUUUCAAUAUCUCCGCUGUGCCAUAGGCGAAACCACAAAGUAAUUUGUGCUAUCCCUGUAAUUUUGUCAGAGUUCUAUUUCGUUAUCUUUGCAGUUGACCCCAUGGUGAAUUUGUGAAUACCAUAAUCACAACAAAAAAGGCACUGUUCAUGUCUGUGAAUGCCUGAGUACCUUCUUAUAACCAGAUUUCUUAGACUUGGAGGAAACUAUCUUAACGCUUUUAAAAAUCUCCCCUCCACGUAUGUUACUUGCCUUUACAAUGACACAAAUUUGGCAGCUGAGCAUAUUAUUACAUGAUUUGGCUACUGGGUCAGUCUGUAGAAGUCAGCUAAGCCAUCCACUAGACCAUUUUAUUUUUAAUUGAAUGGUUUGAGGUCAACGUUCAAAUCUAUAUUUAUUAUUCUAUAUACUGUAUAUAUUAAUAUAUUCUAAUCAUCUUGAAAAGAUCUAGUAUUACUUUAUUCUGCAUUCUGUUAUGUGACAAAUCUGUUCAUAGUAUGUAGUGACUAGAGGAACUAAGUUGGCUGAAUAGUGACAUAACAUUUUUGUUAAAGUUGCUCUAUUUGUGGCUUUUGCAUGUCUUGGAAUUUUUAAUCUUUUUUUUUUUUUUUAAUUUACCCUAAAUACAUAAGAAUAAAGUAGGGACUCGCCUUUUCUCAUAGAAAGUGGAAUCUUUGGUACAGUUUGGCAACGUGCAAAGUUCAAUUUCCUUUGUUAAUUUAUCCACAAUCAAUCAUUCAGAAGAACUACACAGAAGGGCAAACUGCAGACAUCGGACAGAGGAGAACAAAAUGGAGUUGCCCAAGAUACGGCACAAGGAAGGAAAGCUAAUAAAUAAAAGUAACCGCAACUAACGAAGAGGGGAGUAUAAUCAUUAAGAUGCAAGGGACAUAAGCAAAGGAAAACUGCGAGGGGGGGGGAGAAAAAAACCCGACAAAGCUGUGUUUCUUGCAAACAGCAGUGUUUUGCCCACAAGGCAUGAGAGAUUCAGUAUGAGGAGGGGGUCUUCACAAGAGUUUUCAAUGCAAAACUCCAUCCGGGUGUCAUAGACUUGCUGUGCUCAGAGAUUGUGGUGCUUGGUACUUUGUGCCAGCUUUUUCAUGUAUGCUUCAGUAUCCCAGCACUGCCAACAGCCCUACAAUUACUUGUUUGAUCUGCUCUGUCUCAGAGCGAAGAGGGCUUAAGGUGUGGUCAGUUUGAAACUGCCCCCUCCCUUUUCCAUUUCUGCAAAGUUUAGUAAUUACUUCAUUGUGUAAACGAGUGCCCACCCCUCACCCGUGGGUGCCCGACUGCUUCUCAGUUUUGCACACAGAGCCCUAUUGAAGUCGGCUCUUAGGAUACAUUCAGACUGUGAUGUCAGACACUGGUAACUUUUCCUAUUUAAUUAGGGAGAACAGGCCGGACUGUGUGCCUGAGUCAGACUAAGGAGGAGGGAGGGGGUUGGUGUGUGUAUGUGUGGGGAGGGGGAGCUUGUUUGGGAUGGUGGGAUGUGGGGGGUAGAAAGUGAGGAGGGGGAUUGGAAGCGUUAGUGAGAAGCGCAGUGAUUCACCAGGAGAUGUGGGAGCUUGCGUCUGGACGCCUGCCACGCACAGACACGGCAGAUAUGAAACACGUGGCCCACCCGUGUGCUUUAACACUGUCUGAGCUGUGAGCAUUGCAGCCUGCUACACAUAUUUACUCAUAACUACAAAACCAGUGUUUGCGAACGAUGUCACUAAGUGCCCUUUGUACGUAUUAAUGGGUCUAUGUUUUUGAUUGCUAGUAACCAAAAAGGUUUUACCAAAAUUGGUCAUGCCGCAGUCUUUGGACCUCACAGCCCAUCACCACAUUACAUAUCAUGCAGCAGUUUUUGGACCACAAAGCCCAGAACAUUCAGCUAGCAGAGAUGGGUGUUGCAGUUCUACAGAUGUUUGAGCACUGCAGGCUUGCCUACCUAGAUAUUUAGUGCUGUGCGUUUCCAAUAUCAUUAAGGGGUUAAGUGCCCCAGGCCAACUUCUUUAUCAAUGCGGCCAUUGUAUUGUACAGACUCAUAGGAGUCUGCGCAGUCUCAGAUAUACUCCCAUGCUUCGACAAGCCUUAUUCUAGUGUUUUGGUAUCUUAACGACUGAGCAGAAAAUUUGUUCUCGUUAGUAUAUGAUCUUGUGUACAGAAUACUUUUUUUGUUAGCUUUAGAAUCCCACUCUCCUCCCCAUGUGUAUUUUUUUUUUUCUCUUUUCUCAUAUUACUAUAUUCCUAAGAUUCCUAAACGCGGCAGUAGCUCUUUAAUGAUUCCCUGAGCUUAACAAAUUUUAGGUAAACUUCUCAAUUGUUUGUGUUGAAUUCCAGAGCAGUAAUGCUAUUUUGGUCACUUUUCAGUGGCGCAAUGUGGGGAUCUUUUUGUUUUGAAAUUUACUCCAUAGGGCAGCCAGGGAUAAAGUCCUGCCAUAGGAGGUGCAGGACCACUGGGGUCUUGGCACCUGUCUUGCCCAGUGCGUACAGGAAACCUAAAGAGGAAAGAGAUGAAAAGGUCAGACACUGAGAGUUUUCACCUGGGCCCGGAGCCAAGUCCGAGAGCAAGCUGCUGGCAGCUUAACCCUUCCUGGUGGAGGGGUGCAUGCAUGCGAGAUGUCUCUGGGAAUGGAAUGAGCUGUAAUGUCAUAUCUGCUGGGUAAGAAGAGGGAGGGCAUUCCUGCUGCAUCUCUUCUUAGAAGACAAGCAAGUAUGAGCGCAAAAUAUGAAUCAGGGGGACUUGUAAUGGGCCAGUGGCUAGCCUUUUGGGCCUACUAUUAAAGUUACAAGAAAGUCAGUAGCAGUCCAGCAUAUUUUAUUAUUUUAUUUUUUCUCCCAAGGCUGAUUCUUGGUUCACUACCCAGUAUGUGUCGUCUAUUUAUUUUAUUUUUUAUUUUUUUCUUCUUUUCAUUUUAAAAUUGUAUUUGGGUUUUGUUUGGGGGGUUUAUUUUUCUCCCUUCUGCUCCUUGUACUUCCUUGAGCUAGCAGACACGACCACUUAUGUAAAUGACGUCAAUCACUUCUUAUAGCGUUACAAAAACACAAAGACUCUUUUCUGCACUUGGUAAAAAAUGGGCAUUACAGUAUUUGUCUUGGAGGUCAAUCCACAGAAAAUCGGGGAAAGCAUAACGUGAUUAUUCCAUUCAGCAAAACAUGAUCUUUUAGAGGGUAUAAUGUUGGUAAUGUGUCACCCUAUAACCUGUCUUUUUUUUAAUAUUUCUAUGUUUAAUUUCCAGUUAACUCUUGCAGCCAGAGGAAUAUGCUGCCGGUCCGUUUACACUAUAGGGCUGAAAAGGUGUCUGCCAUAUUUAUGUAAAUUCCAUAUAAAUAGCACCAUCUUCUACUCCUAUAUGCCCUGGGUUUUUUUUGUUUUGUUUUUUUUUUAGCAAGGUGAAUAGUAGGAUAGCCCUAGCAGUUCUUCCAGGGAGAGAAUUGUUAGGAAUUCAAAGUGUGUUUCAUAUCCAAGACCAAAGUAGCUGACUUUGAGAAUGCUUCCAGUUAAGCUAUUUUGGCCUUACAUUUGAAAUUCACAUUCAAUUCCUGAUAGUUCUAACUUUGGUGAAUAACCCUGUGAGUCAGAAUGUGGUCUAGUAUUUCAAGAGAGCCAUGAAACGAUCUCUACCAUUGGAGCAUCUAUAGACACUGCCAAUGCCUUACAACUUGUGUGUGUGUGUGUGUGUGUACUUGCUCAUUGUAUAUGAGGCUUCAGACAUCAAAUGCAAAUUUUUAUCGUGUGUGUGUGUGUGUCCCUUUGUGUAUUAAGCACUCACAGGUUUUCUCGGAUCUGUAUACACAAGGCAGGAGAGAGCACCCAGCUUAGUAUGUGUUUAUAAAUACACCUCCCUCUGUUAUUUUGCCAUUGCCUUUUGUACAUGGCCCUAUUAAUCACCCAAGUCAAGUUUUAUGGAAUUGUGCUAGACAUGUUUUUAAGUAUAUCCUUCCACCUUUCUCCAAACAAGUGGCAGUAUUUGGUAUCUGUGGUACACACUGCUUGUGUGAGAAGAGUUACAUUUUUUUAAAUUUUCACAGCCAUGUGUCUGUACCGUGCUACGCCAAAACAUUGUGGAUCCAUGUUACCCUGCUGGCAUCCAACAUGUCCCACAUAUCUGAAUGGAUUUAAUCCCAACAAUUAUCUUACCAGCUUCUAAAUUGUUGUUCAUCCUAAAACAAAUCAAUGCAAAUGCACUAGUUACUGGCUGUUUGUGUGUUUAUUUUUCAGGUUUUUUCGUGGCUAUAAGUUUACAGCACAUUGAGUCUGUCCCCUAAUAAUGUGGUGAUGCAAAGGGUUAGUCAGUCUGUGUGCUGUAUACUUGGUGCCGUUAUAGAUCUGGGUGUAUUUUUCCUGCUUCUUAUUCUUGAAGUAGUUUAUUUUUAGCUUGGCUUUCACUCUCUUUUUCUCUGUAUUUCCCGUUGCUUAGAGACCGGAACUCGUUUUUCUUCCCUCUCCGUUCUGAUGGCCGCCACCUUCCAUUUUCUUCUUUUUCUAACCCUUUCGUUACCAAAGGUUGCACUUCAAUCCACCACGCUGCUGAAAUGCAGUAAUAAAGCUUUCAAGCAAGCAUUAAGCCUUCAAGUAUACUUUGUGCCUCUAUUCCAGGAAAAGAGCCUGUGUUCUAGAGGUUGUAACGCAGUGGGAGGGGCCUCUGAAUUAACUGUGCCAUUUUAUUUUCUAAUUGUGUAUGACCAGCCUGUGUAAGAAAGUAGUUUAAAUUUUUUUAUAUUUUGACCAUUCAUUAGAGCAUGGUUAGAUUUUAUAUACUUCUACUUUAUUUGUAGGAAGCCAACAUCUUCAGCAGUGUUGUACAAUAUUUAAUUCUGUAAUCCCGCACUCCUGGGUGCCUCAGAAAUUGCUGUUUGCCAGCAGCUCUCUAUGUCCUGAUGUUGGCGUAGCCUGAAGGAGCUUGCACAUCCAGUUUUAGGUGUGACAGAAGAGCUGCCUCCCCCUCGCCAGUAAAUGACCUCACCCAUCUUAAUGUCUUUCCCUGCGUCCUUGGCUUCUCUCCUGUCUUGCUCCCUGGCGUCCAUUACAGGGACGUUAAAUUAUUGAUGCCUCCUGAUUUGUUUGGGGUUUGGGGAAAUAGCAUUACUACAGGAACUGCUCUUCAUCCACCCGCCUCCCAUGAAAUACUUACAGUUAGGAAGCAUCUCUGGAAGCGUGUGGUGAUGUGUUUUUUUUUUUUUUUUUUAAAUAAAAAAAAGUAUUUAUUUAUUUUGCCCUGUAGACAAAUUUAAUAUUAACCACAGAUGUGAUAAGUAUCCACGCCAUAAAGGUCACUUCAAAAUCAAAACUGGCUUUUUGCCUCUCCCAACACAUUUUCAGGUCUGUUUUGCAGACUGCCUAGAGCUUUGCUAUUGUUACUGUAAGUAGGUGCUGUCUGAAAAUCUGCAGAGUCCUGUUCGGGCAUGUUGAGCAGAUACUCCAUGUCUGAGACUGAGGGAUUGAUCUCUGGGUGCAGUGAAGGUCUUGAAAGAACACAUGCUGAGAUUGGGAGAGGUUUUGGAUUGUGCUCAUAAAAGACUUACAAUGUAGAUAGGAGCACAAAAUAAUUAAAUGUAUAUUCGCCAACAGAGGCUUGUAUACUACAGUGUGAAUUGUCAGGGAUUCAAAAUGUAUUUCACAUUUUAGGCAGCUAUUCAAAUUAUCAAAGUAUUUUUCAAUUCAGCUAUUUUGAACUAAGAUUUAAAUCCUUUUUGAAUUUCUGUUUGGUAAAUCAGCCUUAUAGGGUUUAUUCACUAAACUGUACAUCAAAAUAAUAAAACAGAAGACGAAAGCUCAACAUUUGUACAUGACCUUUCCUGGUUUUGCCAGUAAAACCCUUGGAGUGUGAAACAGAAUUCCCACAAUCUAAAAUGUCAAGUCCUCCUCUACUAUUCAGGACUAAGUCACUUACCACUGAAGCCAGAGGGUCCAUGUCUCACUAACCAGGCCUGAAUUGUCACUUGUCUAGUGGACAUUUUGAGCCCUGUAUAUGUUUGUGUAGGUGUAUUUUCAUACAUGAACAUGUUCUAUAUGCCAGGGAUUAAAAAACUCAUGAACGGUGCAUCGGUUGCAGUGAUUACAUUUUAAAUACUUGCAGGAACAUUCUAUAUACAUUAAGACAGGGCUUGAAAAAUUUGUUUGGAAGCCAGCUAAAAAAAGUUAGGAGCCAGUCCCCCUCAGUUUAAUGUAGUGGUUCUGGUGCCUAUAGCAUGCCCCUGUAGCCUCUUCAAUUUAAACGCUGCAUUUUCAAAGAAAAGGCAGUGUUUACAUUGCUGCAUACUCAGACUGCCACUAGAGUCCUGUGUCAGUGCUCUGCUUGGAGGCGCUAAAUGUUACCCAUACAGAACAUGUGCAAAAUCCUAGGAAAGCAUUGGCUUAGCUGAGAUCAUAAAGAUUGAUGAACUCUGCAAUAGAGGCGGUACAAGCCACGGCAAAACCUGCACGGCGAGGGGGAAAAAAAGGUGAGUAAACACCAGUCAUGUGAUUGGAGUGUGGCAGGUACCUAAACAGAGACACACUCUGAUAGUCACUCAAACACUUGCAAACUUACAUUUUUUUUUUAAAUUUUUUAUUUUAUUUUAAUCCAUCCAGCCUCCCUACCUUUGGGAGAGCUGAGUGGACUUUCCCUGGGGUCCAGUGGGGCUGCUCUCUCUUCCUGUCUAAGAGGGAGGAGUAAUCUACCAUGCGGCUGCUCCCUGCGAUGCCCGGGCAGAAUGGUGUCAUAAUCCGGCUCCUGGCAUCAUUAAACCGCGCGAUGGUAGCAGAGAGGAGCCGCUGGAAGAUCACUGCUCCGUUGCAAGCUGCCCUAGCUGACCACCUUUAUGCUCCACUAAGCCGGCCGCCUCCAUAAAGCCCAGGGUGGCCUGCUACAACACCCACUAAACCAGCUGCCUCCAUGAAGCCCAUGGUGGCCGGCUACAAUGCUCCCUCAGCCAGCCGCCUACAUGCUGCUGCGGGUGGACGGCCUACUCCAUUAUUUGCACAGCCUGACGUUUUAGAUAAUAAGCUGACAAAUCCCAGAUACCAGGGCAAAACUUUUAGUCGCCAUGGGAUUUGACGAGCCCUACAUUAAGAUGUAGUUUUCCUGGUGACACUAGUGUCCUUUUAAGUUAAUUUCUGUUCUUCAUCAAUAUUCACAGAAUAACCAGCCCUCCACAGAAUGUAAGCUCUUUGGGUCAAGGAUUUUAUUGUCAGAUUUCAAAAUUGGUUUUAUCAGAAACUGAAUACUUGGAGAUAUGUUUCCUUAACUUCUCUGGGGUAGAUACUCACACUUUCCUGGGUUUUUUAUAGGUAAGGUAUUUAUUUUUUCCUUCAUCCUAUCUUGCAAAUGCUGAGUCUGCACUUAUUGAUGUUUUUUAAUAACAAGGUGUCCAGUUUAUGUUUAACUAGUGCUGAGUUGGAGCAUGAUUCCUCUCUUCUGCAGUCCGCCAAGUGGACUUUUGAAUUUCCGGUCACGGUGGUAAUUUGCCACACUUAGCGCUCCCACUUGCAUUUUCACAGACAGAACACGCUGGUAGAAAGAUCUUUUAUUGCCAUGUAAGCUCCAGGAUUGUGUCUCCGGAUUUAUGCUUAACUGGGUGCAACAAACAUUUUAAUGUGGGGCAGAGGUUUAGCUUUCAGGUAUAUUUUCUACCUGUCAUGGAUGACAUUUUGGGCUAGUAACAAUGUCUUUGGAUUUCAUCUCCUGUUCUCUGGAGGAUGAUCAGCCUUUUCUUAUAAUGCUGGAUUAGUACAAAUUCCCUUUCCCCUUGGUGGGGGGAGGUUGGGGGGCGACAAGAAAGGAGCCCUUUGUGUAGUAGUAUGCAGUUUUCUGUGUUCACAGUCCUCUUACUCCUACUCCUUACUGUGAGAUCACUAACCAUUUCUGUUUUAUUAUAGUCCAUGAAACUAAUUUUAGGGACACUUUCAGAGCGAGAAUAAUUUACGCUUAUUUGAUUGUCUUUUAGGUAAUUUUUUUUUUUUUUUGGACUAAUAAUCCUUUUUGCUCCAUUUGUGUUUGGUUUAAGAAGGGAAAAGAAUCUUGUCGCUUGGCCAUGUCACCUUUCACCCAAAGUGGUCUGGUUUUUGUCCUCCGCUCCAAUGUGCAUAUGGAAUUCUGGGAGAACCCCAAUGUCGAGCUAAACUUCUGUGAGAGCCUGAAUUUUUAGUAUUGGUGUGCUCCCAUUUGUGCCAGUAGAAUCUGGCAAAUGGGCUACACAGUGCUCAUCUGUGAUGUGCAAGGUUUAUUUAGCUUCACUACACAACUCUCAUUAACGUUUAAUGUGUCUAUAUCCAAACAUGCCCCUCUACACUUCAUUCCUGAAUAUUUUCCCCUUUUUGGCUCACAAAGGGGAAAAGCGGCUCUAAUUAUUGUACUGCAUCCUAUCCUGUACCAGAUAUAGUAAAUUACAAUCUAUACUAAUUUCAGAACAGACUUAAAAACCUUAAAAAAUUAUAAAAGGGGAUCUCCCUCUUUCAGAAUGAUGGCCAUUUCAGUUUUCAUCCAGACCUAAAUUUAAAGGAACAUUAUAGUGUUCUGGGGGGGAUACAAGCCUGUAUUCCUAACACUAUAGUGUCGCUGUCCCUGUAUGCCAUAAACCUUUCCUAAAAAGUAAAAUUGUACUUGCCAUUUUCCUGCUCUCUCCGCCACCCAUGACAUCACUUAGGAGGCUUGGCCUCCUCUACCAGUGUCCAAUUAAUGCACAUGUGCACACGCAUUCAAACUUAACCCUAGGAAUGCACUGAAUCAAUGCUUUACUAUGAGGCUUCAGCAUUGCAUGUCAGUGUCAUACGGACAGUCACUAGCAGUGGACAUAACCCUGUAAUGUAAACAUUGCAGUUUCUAAAAAAAUAAAAAUAAAAGGUGAUGUAUUACAUUGCAGAGUUAAAAGGACAGGGACACCGCACCCACACCACUUAAAUUGACAUGAGUGGUCUGGGUGAAUACGGUGUCUCUGUAGUAAGGUUAACUGUAUCCAUGGAGAGAUUUCCAAUUACAACUGUAUAUAAUUUUUAUUUAUUUAGUUAUUUUUUCCAAUAAAAAAAAAAGUAUUGGGUGAAUUAAAAAGGAAAAUUAUUGAUAUUUUCUUUAAUAAAAGGGAAGGGGUAUGUUAUUCUUUGUUAAUGGUUUUCUGUUAUGGUGGUUCAUUACCCCUUUGCUACUUUCAUGGAUCUACUCUUAAAUUGAUAAAGGAGACCGGUUCAUGGUUCUUAUAACCCUGGCAUUUUAAUGUUUGUACCCUUCUUGACACUAGAUGCCAUGACAUUUGUCCAAUUGAUACAUAAUGUUUUAAAGACCUGUUCAGACUUGAGAAUUUAACCCACUUGCUAUUGAUGCCAAGAUUUCAAACUGUGUCCGAACACCUUUGUGGUAAGAUGCCCCAGCUUUGCAGCUAUUGUUUAUUGUAGGGAGGAACUCUUUGCUAGAGUCCGGAGAUAUAUAUAGUGUUUUUUUGUUGUUGUUUUUUUUUUUUUUUUCUUCCUCUGAGAAAUGGGAUUGCCAAGUGCUGGAUGGUGGCUUUUUAAAAUCUGAGCUCUUCCUGUCGGUCAAUAGAAUUGUAUAACGCUUGUGCCAUAAAGGACGGAAGCAGAACAGAAGAAGGGACAUGAUAAUCUAUAAGAAUAAUAUAGUACUUUGUACACCCACACACGGCCAAGCUGUUAGAAAAUACAGAUACUGCUAAAUUGCAUGCUAUUUAUUAACUGGAAAGGUUUACUGUAAUGUGUGUAAAGAUUCCACGUACAUCUGAAUCACUUGUUACUCUGCUUCUAUGCAGGAUCUUGCAGUCAAGCCUGUACUUGACAAACUCUGGGAGCCGGAUGCUCUACAAAAAUAUUGCAGUUGGUGUCCUGUAAUGUUUCCUGUUAUACACAAGUCUAUUGUGUCGCAUAUCCUUGUCUCCCUGAUAAAACAGGUCCUCCUUUUUUUUUUUUUUUUUUUUCUUCUUCUGCUGCACUACUCUUAUCAUUCUAAAAGAAUCUGAUGGAUACAUAGUGUUCAUACCUUUCUCUCUUUUUUUUUUUUUUAAUUGUGGCGUAUCAAAACAAUAUAACAUUUCUGUCCUUUUAUGUCUUGCAAUUGAACUACAGUAGUUAUCUGUCUUGAUGCAUCUUGCAUACUGUCCCUUCCAGUCUGCUACGUUUGUGUGAUAAAGCAUUAAAGAUCCACAUGUCUUUUUAGCUCUGCGUGCCUAAGGUUCCACCAGAGUUUUUGUCCUCAUUCUCACUGAAUGAAAAACGUUUGGUUUCAUAUUUUUAUUUUAUAAAAUAGCCGUAUGUUAGGUUAAGUAUCUACCUGUUUAACCCCUUAAGGACACAUGACAUGUCGUGAUUCCCUUUUUUUCCAGAAGUUUGGUCCUUAAGGGGUUAAUAUUCCCGUGAACAUGCUUAACAGGAACUGUUAACAUAUGAAAAUAUUGUAUUCAUCAACAAAUCAUGAAGCCUAUUUUAACGAAAAAUACAUACAUACAUACAUACAUACAUACAUACAUACAUACAGUGAGGAAAAAAUUUAUUUGAUCCUCUGCUGAUUUUGAACGUUUGUCCACUGACGAAGAAAUGGUCAGUCUAUAAUUUUAAUGGUAGGUGUAUUUUAACAGAGACGGAAUAACAAGAAAAAAUUCAUUAAAAAUGGAUGUCAAAAAAACAUAUAAAUUGAUUUGCAUGUCAAUGAGUGAAAUAAGUAUUUGACCCGUUAGACUUAGUACUUGGUGGCAAAACCCUUGUUAGCAAUCACAGAGGUCAGACGUUUCUUGUAGUUGGCCUCCAGGUUUGCACACAUCUAAGGAGGGAUUUUGUCCCACUCCUCUUUGCAGAUCCUCUCCAAGUCAUUAAAGUUUCGAGGCAACUCAAACCUUUAGCUCCCGCCACCGAUUUUCUAUGGAAUUAAAGUCACUCCAGGACCUUAAUGUGCUUCUUCUUGAGCCACUCCUUUCAUUGUCAUGCUUGAAUACCCAAUUACAACCCAUUUUCAAUGCCCUGGCUGAGGGAAGGAGGUUCUCAUCCAAAAUUUGACGGUACAUAGCCACGUCCAUCGUCCCUUUUGAUGCGGUGCAGUUGUCCUGUCCUCUCAGCAGAAAAACACCCCCAUGUUUGAUGGUGUUCUUGGGGGUCAUAGGCAGCAUCACACCUCCUCCUCCAAACACGGCGAGUUGAGUUGAUGCCAAAGAGCUUGAUUUUGGUCUCAUCUGACCACAACACUUUCACCCAAUUCUCCUCUGAAUCAUUCAGAUGUUCACUGGUAAACUUCAGACGGACUUGUACAUGUGCUGUCUUGAGCAGGGAGACCUUACGGGUGCUGAAGGAUUUCAGUCCUUCACGGCGUAGUGUGUUACCAAUUGUUUUCUUGGUGACUCAUGGUCCCAGCUACCUUGAGAUCAUUAACAAGAUCAUCCUGUGUAAUUCUGGGCUGAUUCCUCAACAUUUUCAUGAUUGAAACUCCAGGAAGUGAGACCUUGCAUGGAGCACCAGACCAAGGGAGACUGACAGUUAUUUUGUUUCUUCCAUUGCCAAUAAUCUCACCAACUGCUGUCACCUUCUUACCAAGCUGCUUAGCGAUGGUCUUGUAGCCCAUUCCAGCCUUGUGUAGGUCUACAAUCUUGUCCCUGACAUCCUUGGACAGCUCUUUGGUCUUGGCCAGGGUGGAGAGUUUGGAAUCUUAUUAAUUACUUCUGUGGACAGGUGUCUUUUAUACAGGUAACAAGCUGAGAUUAGGAGCAAGUGCUCCUAAUCUCCGCUCGAUACCUGGGAGCCAGAAAUCUUGCUGAUAGGGAAUCAAAUAUUUAUUUCACUCAUUGACAUACAAAUCAAUUUAUAACUUUUUUGACAAGCGUUUUUCUGGAUUUUUUUUUGUUUUAUUAUUCUGACGCAAUGUUAAAAUACACAUACCAUUAAAAUUAUAGACUGAUCAUUUUUGUCAGUGGACAAAUGUACAAAAUCAAACGGAUCAAAUACUUUUUUUUUGUGUCUCUGUUAAGUAAAUUAACUUUGUUUUUAGAAUUGCUUGAGAAUGAGGGUGAGCACUGGAGGUUAGUCUUUGCACCUUUUGAUUGUGAUCUGAUAAACUUCUUAAAAUGUGGGGGGCAGUUUUCCUGAUUUGUAAUAUAAAACGGGUGGCUGAAGCCUGCCAGCCGUGGUGUUCACGAUCACUUUUGUUUGAAGGAAUAAUUUUGCAAAGUGCUUAUAGCUUUGCCAGAAAAGGACUUUUAUUUGUUCUACUCUGCUUUUUCAUUCUGCUUAACCCUUUUUAGCUACUCCUGUCUGCAUGCUGUCUGAUAGAAAACCACAGCUUGGUCAUUCGAGCUUUACUCCUGCAAAUCUUUUACAGAGAAUUCAACAAGUUGAUUGGGAAAGUGUUUACCAAAGUGUGUAACUUUUAAGAGUAUUGCUGAUUAGACCUGUGCAGGUUGUUGUUCACAGUGAGAUUAGAUUUAAAUUGCUUUGCUUAGCAGGGUAAAAUUGAUCUAUAAAACUAUAGCAGUUUUAUGAGAGGGAAAAUAACUUUAAUAUAUUGAAUAUUUUUUUUUUGUUUUUUUUUCUUUACAAAGAAACAUGUUUCAUUUGUCACCAAAACCUAGAUUUGGAAUCCUAACAAGGGGUAGAGAGGUCAGUAAGGAGAACUUUGCUGGACCUGUUCACCAUCCCCCUUUGCCAGUUGCAUUAUUUGUGGUGAAGGUGGAAGCUCUUGUACUCCGCUCUGCCGAGAGGACACCUCUACUUUAGCACUUCCAGAGAAGACAGAUUUGUGUGUGGAUUUCCUAUUGUGGUGGUCACUCUAGACUUAUCAGGAUGAAAGCAGAUGUUUCAGACAGUAAAGCAUUCCUUGACACCAAUGGUUCUUCAUAGCCCAGCUGCUAGUGUAAUUUGGUUUUGGUGGGUGUGUGUGCAAAAGAAAAAGGUGAUAAUGGACAUUUUCACCGGAGACCUUUUCACCUUGGGUAUUAACAUCAAAAUCCCGAACUUUCCCAAGAGUUCUGUCUGGUUCGAUCUCUCAGCAAUGCUGAGUUUCACGUAAUUAACCGAAGACGAAUCUGAGGUUUCUUUCUGUUCUUUUGCCCCGUUCCGCCAGUGAUGGCAAUGCAGACUGCAGUACUAAGCUACACUUCAAAUAUUCCUUUUUGUUUAUUUCCCACCAGGAGAUGUAUGUUCUAGAGCUGCCUCUGACAUGUGUUUUUAGAACUUUAAAGGCUUACUCUAAGCAUCAUAAUUCUUACAGCCCACUCUAUAGUGCCAGCACUAUUCUGAUGACGGAGCAAUGGUUUGCCCUCUUACCUGGUCCCCUGCUGGGCACAAAGGGUAUUGGUGAGAAAUGACAGCUUCUGGCUUCUACAGAGCUACACUGUUUUCAGCCAUUGAAUAUAAUUCUAUGCAUAAAAAGAUGCAGAUCGUUGACAUUAGCCAGCCCAGAACUAGUAAUGUUUCUCUGCUGCUGGAGGUGGAAUUACGUCCCUGGCAGCAAAGGGGUAAACUCUGUAUGUGCAGUGUUUCAAAGUGACAUACUGGACAUAAAGACUCCAACUCUCAUGGUGCUUUGAGUAACCAGAGCAGAUUGCUCAUCUUGGCAUUGCAAAUGUUUGCAGACUACUUCCCCCAAAGUUAUUCAAUCUGCCCUUUUGAUUUGUUUAAUACAGUUUUUGUUUUUAUAAAUCAUGUGACGUGUGUUGCAAACACUUCAGGUAGAUCUCCUUUUGAACUUUCACACUGAGGACAGGGAGUUGAUUGGAAGACACUGGUACUCAUUGAGAAAGGUGUUGGGACAACAGAAAGUUGACCUUAUAAAAUCGCACUAUUACUACUAGUGGGAAACCUCUAGGGCAGGGAUUAGAAAACCUUAAGUACUCCAGAUGCUGAUUAUUAUUAUUAUUAUUAUUAUUAUUAUUAUUGCCAUUUAUAUAGCACCAAACAGAUUCCGUAGCGCUUUACAAUAUUAUUAGAGGGGGAUUUAACUAUAAAUAGGACAAUUACAAAAAAUUUACAGGAACGAUAGGUUGGAGAGGACCCUGCUCAAACGAGCUUACAUUUAGUCAGCAUUAUGGGUUUUAGAGCAUUUUGUAACUUUAUUUUUUUGCUGUGUCACACUAGGAUAGUCUAUUAUUUCUACAGAUAAAAGAAAGCAGACUGAGCAAACUUGAUUGACCUAAUGAUGUUUUGUUUUGUUUUGUUAAUUCAAAAUCAAAAAUCUUAAGGACUAGGUUUUUUCUCCCCCACCCUUCCUUCAUAAAACUAUUAUUUGCACCAGUACUGCUUUUUAAACAUCUGGUUUAUUUGUCAAGUGGCACAAAUGUCACUUUAAAACAACACUUUUCUUUGAUCCUGUGUUAUACUCUGUACCAGUGGUGGGGACGUGCAUGCAAGGAUGUGUCUCCCUGUGGGAGGAGGGGAUGGGACGGUCCCUCUCCCCCCCACCCCAUGCUCCUGGAAGGAAUGUGCAGGAGAGGUCUGUUCUCCCUGCCCUUAUAAGAAAAGGGGCUUUGUGUGGGAUGCUGUGACCUCAGACGGGAGCUAUUUAGUGUGUGCCGAGGAUGGAAGGAGCUGUGAGCUGGCAGACGGCUCCACACCACACACUCACAUGUUUCUUGUAGUUUCACGUGGGUAGGAGACAGGCUAGGACCUGUCCUACAUGAGAAGCCUUGUCUGUUUUUCUUGCAGACGCGGAGACCCUACAACACGGAGACUGUGCUCAAUAAACACCAUGGCUCUAAUAGUGUCUGAGCCUGUAAUCUCAGUCCAAGCAUUUGGUUAUGGGCUAACCUUUUGCCAGGGUUGGAUUUUCCAUGCAUUAAUGUGGGUACAUGCCUUGGGCGUGCUAAAAGGAGGAUAGAGCCUAAUCCUGAGUAGGCAGCAUCACUUGAUACGUCUACCGGGUCCAACUUUUAUUUUUGUUUUGCUAAUUAUGUUCUUUGUUUCCUUGUGUUGACAUACAAGACAUAAAUAUGGAGUUCUUCUUGUUUUUAUUUAUUUUUCAGUUUUAUUGCCAGGGUUACACUUUAUUACCGUUUUGUUUCAGAUUAUAUUUUGAUUAUAAGGUCGAAAUUAUUUUCUAUUCCGCUGUUCUAUGUUCUUUUCGCAUAUAUUAAAACCUUCAAAACAUUUUUUUUUUUUCUCACUCUCCAUUGUACAAUUGUUAGGAAGACAUGGCAAUGAUUAUUAAAACACGAAUGUGUUCACCAGAAAUGUCCAGGUCAAAGGAAAGUGUAAAAUUGUCUGCACUCUCUACAGCACUGCCCCAGGCCACCUCUAGUAGCCAUCUUAGGAGUGGCCAGUGGGGGUAUCUCUAGGCUGUAAUGUAAACACUGCAUUUUAUUUGAAAAGAUUAACUGCAAAAAGCCUAAAGGGAAUUAUAUUCAUCAGAACAUAUACAAUAAGCUGUAGUUGUUCUGGUGACUAUAGUGUCUCUUUAAUGGUUAGCUACUGUAUCCAAUAAACCUACCUGCGUAAGUGACAAAAUGUUAGCUUCCAAAGGCACUUGGCACAUUGCACACCCUACUUUUUUGGCCAUGGUCUUCCUUUUUAGGUACAUAACCACGACUCGUUUAUCAUCACUGGCGCCAGAGAUGAUAGAACGAGAUAAAAAAAUUUAGUUUUUUUUUUGUCAGUUGUAUUAAAGUGUGUUAUGAGAAUGGACAACGGGAGUUGCAACUUUUGGAUCAAUUUACCUAAAAUGGGGUAGGUAAUAUAAUAUCCGACUUGCAGAAUUUAAAAAUGAGCUACAUGGUUUGCUUUAGUGAUUUAUCCCUUUCUGCCAUUUUUUUGACUCUUGACCCAGUUUAUGGUUUUAGUCAAAGCUCAGAGGCACCUAUGUAAAACCGAAAGUUUUGAGUAGACCUUUUAUUGAUAACUAUUUGUACCAUACAUAUGUCAUUUGGGGCCACCUUCUGAAACUAUAUAUUAAAAGCAUUAAAAUUCUAACAGGUAUUUACUAAAUUGAGAAAAGUGAUUCUCAAAUGUAAGGCCUAAGUAACUGAUCUAAAACAUAGCUGGCUUAGAGAAUAUUUCCACUUCAGCUAUUUUGACCUUAAUUUUGUUAUUCACUUUGAAUUCUCACUUUGGUGAACAUCCUUGUUUGAGUGCUCAAUGGUUUAUUCUCCUUACCCUAAAAGGUUAACGGUUAGUCUGACUUUCUGUGUGUGAUCAUAUUUGUAUUACGUGUUUCCUGCUGAGCGGACACUAGGCUUGAUUUAUUAGUGCAUUGAACAGAUUGCGGACCUCCUCCCUAGACCUACUGUCCCAUGUGCACUGUAAACAACUUUCUUUUCCGCAGUCAUUUUUAUGGACUGCAUUUCAUUUUACAUCAUGAAACAGAAUUGUUAAUUUGCGUUCAUUAGUUCAUCGCUAGCUGUUUAACUUUUGGGAAGGAAAAGGAAUUUGAAUUGAUGGGAAAUGUGUGUUUUUCUGGUGUUAUUCAUGAUCAAUGUUUGGGAAGCAUCAACCUAAUAAAUUGAAGUGCUCAGUCUGGGGAUAAAUGCACAGCAAUGUAAUGUAAACCCGAGAUGCUGCGUGAUAGAGCCAUGUUCCUGAUUUAAACUCGUGAUGUUCAGUAGCCUUAGGCUUCUUUAAGCCCAACUGUUAACCCACUAGAUUUAGAGGACUAGCAAUGCCAUUUAAGUGGCACAGUGAGCAAGAUUUGUAACGGUGCAACUGAUUUUUAUGACCAGUCUUAAUCAGCUUUGUUUAAAGUAAGAUAAUAUUAUAUUGACAAAUGAAAACAUUUGAUGCAUCAACUUUACAGACCAAAACAUCUCUAAGGAAAUAAUUCCCUGAAGACAUAUAGAUAUAUAUAUAUAUAUUUAUUUAUUUUUUUCUUUCUAAUUUCAGGGUUUGCCUUUCCUGACUGGGCCUAUAAGCCGGAGUCCAGCCCGGGCUCCAGACAGAUACAGCUGUGGCAUUUCAUUCUGGAGCUGCUACGCAAAGAAGAAUAUCAUGAUGUCAUUGCUUGGCAAGGAGACUAUGGAGAGUUUGUAAUAAAGGAUCCAGAUGAGGUGGCACGACUCUGGGGCGUACGGAAAUGUAAACCGCAGAUGAAUUAUGACAAGCUGAGCCGGGCACUCAGGUAAAUGUUGAUAAUUUGUAAAAUAUAGCGCUAGAACAAAUACUCCUAACUAUUUUAAGUCAGGAAAUACUACUAUGCUAUUUAAGUUAAACGUGCAAGGCUUUUUUUUAAGAUGUCCACUCAUGUACAUUGAUUUGAGUGCUCAUUAUCCAUCCCCUCUGAUUCUGGUGUUUCACCAUGUUUCUUCCAAGAGACACAGCUGUAAUACUCUGGCUUGUGUAGUCCCGAUUCUUUCCAAAGUAACUGGGCUGGCUAACUGGAAAAACCAUCCUAGGUUCCACUAAAGGCUCUUUCUCCCUACUCCCACUCAGCCACUUGCUGUUACUGGCCAUGCAGAACGAUGGAUCUGGAACUUUCAGUUUACAUUAUUCCUCUUUGUACCAACAUCCUUAAAGAUGUAGUAGUACACUAUAGAUUUACUAUAGCAUAAUUUUUAAAACUAAAGGGUCAGCAUUGCCAUAUAGUACAAACUUAGAUCACAUAUAUUUAAAAGGUAAAUGAACACUCCAAACACCAUAACAACUACAAUGUUAUGUUUUUUUUUUUUUUUAAAUAAAUACUCUAAUUGGGUGUAACCACCAAGCAGCUAAACCGUAUUCAUCUGACAUUUAGAUUGUGGACCGUUAUCAGAAAUUGCACAGAAGAAAACAUACUAAUGGCAGCCCAGAGUCUACAAUACAGGACAUACAUGUUUACUUAGUUAUUUUGCAUAUGUGUAAUAUUAACGUUUGUUAAGUAAACCUAAACAAACCUUUGUGUAGCCAUCAAGCAAAUAAAGACGUUUUGUGGAUUAACUAUAGGGAGUAAUUUCAGUGACUUGGUUAGGUGCAUGUGGACUGGGAAACCGUUCUUCCUCGCAUUUACCAGUGGUGGGAGGGUGAUAUCCUCUUAAUUGUAGAGUCUUUGUCUGCAGUACACCUGGGUGUUGGAAAAGAUAAGCUGUUUUGGUGUUUGAUAAUUACCAGGUUAUGAAAGCAAAGUACAGGAUGAAAGACCUGAUCUGUAAAGGGGUAUUAUUCAAUUGAUUGUCCAUACCUUGAUCCUGUUGAGCUGCUGUUGGGAUUCCAGAUGUUUACACCAAUUUGGUGGGCUGGGGUUGUGUGUUAGGGCCAGGUGACACAUCCAAAACCUUGUAUUUAGUUUAGUGGACUGUUAUGAUGAAAAAGUAAGUGUUGAUAUGCACAGCCAGUAUAGACUUACCCACAAUCUGCAGCAGGGAAGUCCAGCCUUGGCCUCUCAGCAUUCGUUGGACUAUAUUUUCCUUGAUUCACCGCUGUUUGCUUGCUGUAUGUUUAGCAGAGAAUACUGAAUGCCGACUGUGUGGAUAUUUUGUGAUUGGCACACUGCAUUCAUGGUCAGUUUGAUGCAUACUAUUAUCUAGACAAUAUAUAGGAGGUUACAUUUUAUGGUCUGCUGAGCUUGUAUUCUCUUGUUUUUUUUCUAUCCAGGUAUUACUACAACAAGAGAAUACUCCACAAAACCAAAGGCAAACGUUUCACUUAUAAGUUCAACUUCAACAAAUUGGUGCUAGUGAACUAUCCAUUCAUUGACAUGGGCAUGACAGGUAAGAGCUCAGGAUAUAAUGUGCGGAGACACAUCACUUUGGCAUCACCAUUUUAGUCCUUUCUGCUUCUUUGAUUAGGGAAAAAAACUGAAGGGAAAACAUGCUGAAUUAAUAUUUAAAGGGACACGAGGCACCAAGACCACGUCAUCUCAUUGAAGUGGUCUGGGUGCACUGUCCCUGUCCCCCUCAGUCCUGCAGUGUAAACAUUGCAGUUUUAGAGAAACUUCCUGUAGUUUCGCAGAGUUUUUAAAACAUCACUGGAUGUCUUCACAUGACUAUCAGUGUGUCGGAAAAACCUCAUAGUAAAGCACUGAAUCAUUUCCUUCCUAUGGGGAAGGCCUAAUGCAGCUCUCACCGCACAUGUGCAUUAUAGGUGCCUCCCGUUGACUGACAUCGUUAAAGCCCGAUCCAGCGCCGAGGUACAUUGGCACUAGAAUACAACUUUGUAUACCUAGCACUAUAGUGUUAGUUAGCAUUUAAUCAAAAAUUUGUUUAAAUGAACGAUGCUGUUCCAUUGAUACAAAGACCUAAGCAUAAAUUGGUGGAGCUAAUUUUACAAUUAUAAAACCUACAGCUCUCAAGUUAAUUUAGCAUUAUUAUGAUUAUAGUUUAAACUCCUGUAGGUUCUGGGUUGCUCAUUACAUGGCAACUAAUUUCUCUGCCAGGACCCCAUUCUGUACUUCUGCAUCUCUGCAGAGGAGUUGUAAAUGGCUCAUUAGAAAUACUCAUAAGCAGUGUGUGUUGUCAUAUCAAGUUUAAAAAUGCUAUCCCUUUUACCAGCAUGUGUUCAUAAAUAAAAAAAAAAAAAUAAAAAAAAUGUGAAUACAAAGAUUUUAUUGUGAAAGACACAAAUGAGUCAGUUAGAACUUUUUAUGGAAAACCCACUUUCCUUGACCAUUUUUAUUUUAGAUUUCCAAAUAUUUUAACAAUUAGGAGCAAAACAAAAUAACUUGAAACAGUCCAGUUCUAAAGAUAGCAAGUGUUGUAUCAGGUGCAACAAGCACAUGUUAACUGUUAAUGGUCAAAAUUUAACACCUAAUUACUAGCCAGUGCAUCUUAGGGCUGUUUGGUGGUUUAAUAUGACAGGGAUAAAUGACUGUCACAAUGGGGGCAGGGGUGGGAGAAAAAAAUGCAAACAAAAAAAAUGGAAGGAGAAAAAUAGGGUACAAUUUAGCUGAUCAGUCACUAUGGCUUUGAGUGACUCCAUUGAGUUCUUUGUCAUUCCAUUGUGACUGCUGGAGGGUGGAGACAGCAUGUUUCAAUAGCAUAGAAAUGGGUGGACAUUUUUUCUAUUGGUCCAGUAGGAAGGAAGUAACUAAUAUGAAACCUUGCUUCAUUACAAAUUGUUGUUGGGAUCUUGGGACUUGGCAAAAUUUAUUUGGUAUAAUUAACAAGUUCCACAAAUUUUCUUCUUCUAUUUGUAGGAGGGCCGGUCCCUCAGAGUGCCCCACCUGUUCCUUCAGGAGGGACCCACUUCCGUUUCCCUCCCUGUACCCCUUCAGAUGUCCUGUCGCCUAAUGAGGAUCUACGCUCCCCCACUCUCUACUCUUCUGUGGCAAGACGCCUUGCUCGUGGCUCAGUCAGUGACUGCAGCGAUGGAACAUCUGCCAACUCUGAGGUUGAAGAGAGUCUUAGUGAGGAACAUCUCCGCAGGGGACCUGGGCCAGAUAUCCCACCAUUCAGGGGACCACCUCUUCCCCGACUUGCUCAUGAGGGCAUUUUCAGAGUAUAUCCUCGACCACGGGUACCAGAGCCACUUAGCCCGUUCCCAGUGUCUCCAAUGGGAGCUCCCAACAGCCUUCUGCCCCCACAGCUUUCACCUGCUUUACCAAUGACCCCCAAUCACAUGAACUACACACCCUCACCCACUCUGAGUCCAAUGUACCCAGGAGGUAAUCACUUUUCCUUUAACCCUGAAGACAUGAAGCGCUACCUACAGGCACACACACAGAGUGUGUACAACUACCACCUCAGCCCAAGGGCAUUCCUGCACUACCCUAGUAUUGUUGUGCCUCAGCCACAGCGUCCUGACAAGCCCUUGCAUCUUCCUCAUGAUGAGCCUCCUUUCAAAUUUAAGCUCCAGCCCCCUCCUCUUGGAAGAAAGCAAAGAGAACGACCUCUGGGUGCAGAACCUUCCUCUUCAUCAUCUUCGUCUUCAGUAGUCCCUCAGAUAAAGGUAGAACCUAUAUCCGAUGCUGAGGAGGAAGAGGAGGAACUGAUGGUGGAGGUGACUGACAUCAGUGAAGAAGAGGAUGAGGAUGUAUUCAAAGCUCCCACUCUCCCAGAACAGAAAGUAAUACCUUCCCCUCUCCCAACCAGGGAUGAGGAACCUCAUAGCGCUGGACCAGAAAGUGGGCGUUGCAUUCCACUAAAACUGCGCUUCAAACGCCGCUGGAGCGAAGACCAGCGCCUGGAGGCAGAAGGAGUAGGAGAGGAUUCUGACAAAAAAGUAAGGGGUAACCUAGAGGAGUCAAAUGUGCCUCCCCAACCUGGUGGUGGUCCCUGCAGGAGGGUGAGCACCGAUCUACAACGUGCCACAGAAGAACUUUCGUUGGAGAACAGGGAUUCCUAAUAGGAGUUGCAGUGUGGAGAUUUGUACGCGAUAUUAUAGAACAGCUUGCGCUCUCCUGCACUGCGAGGAUGCAAAGAAACUGAAUUACAUUUCUCACAUUGAAAAAUCCCUUUUUAAAACGGCCCCAUAGCUAUUUUUAUGUUGCGGGGGGAAAGGGAUUUUUUCCUUUUUAAUUGUAUUUCAAUUUUUUUCUUUUGCAUAAUAUGUGCAUACAAACUGAGAUUUGCUGUAGGAAAGGUUUUAUUGCUAACAGAAGACUGCCGCUUUAAAUCUCACACCUCUUCGGGUGGCUAUUUUUUAACCCACUUCUAGUACAUAUGUAAAUAAAUGAAUUUUUUUUUUUUGUGAUGAAUUAGAAGAGUACUUAAUUGCCACAAAAAAGGACUUUUGAGACAAUGAGUUGUUGGUUGUUUUUUUUGUUUUGUUUUUUUUCUUUUCUUUCCCCCCUCCCUUUCUCUAUUACUUUGUUUGUUUGCCCAGGCCCUGCCCUUACCAGCAUGUCUGGUAUUUUCUCAGGUUUAUUGGGGCGGAACACCCCCUCAUUUCAUCCUGGGCAUAUUUACUCCUUUGUAUAUUUGCUUUAUACCUCCCACCUCAGGACUAUUUUUUUUUUUCUUCUUCUGGUUAUCACUUUUGACUAUUGUGGGGUCUCUUCCUGUGCCCUCUGACUGUGAAACCAUUAAUCUCUCUUCACCGCCAUUUCUUUUUCCUGCCUUACAAACAGUGGCUUUUAUGUUUUAAAAAAAACAAACAACCUUUCUCUGGGCUUUAUAAACAUCACCUACUCUGCACCACCUGAAAUGCUAAAUUUUUUUCGUGACUUUUAUUCUGAUUCGCUUCAACUUAUUCAUUUUUGUUUUUGAAGCUUAAAUAAUUUUAAUAUAGGGGUUUUAUUAAUAUUCCCUCCUUUUAAAUACAAAAAGAACCAAUAUAUAAAUAAAUAAACAAACCAAUAUGUAAACUAAUAUAGUAUACAGAUUUCCCAUAUUGCCCCAUGUUGCAUUAUAAAGAUUUUGUGAGCCUGCUACAUACAGUUAAAGACAGGGCAUGUUUUUUUCUAAUUAAAUUUUAUUCCUGGCCAUCACCCAUAGUUUGUGGGAUUUGCAAAAGUGGUAACUUAAUGUACUAUAUAGCAUUUGUAUGCCUUGAAUUCACAAUCUGACCUACACGAAGGUGCCUUAUUGAAAUGAUAAGCAGAAUGUCACUAGUAGUCUUAAAACACAUGUCCUCUCCACAAAAUAUUGCCCCAUCCAGGGGGAGCACUUGCCUAGUUUAGUCAUUUUGGCAUCAAUGAGCAAAGCAGGUGCGAACAUCCUCCCUAUGAAUUAUUUCUAUUGCUUUCUGACAUGAGGCUUGUCGGCCAAUCAAGGGGGUGGUUCAUUGAUAAAUGAAUUGACUGAACAUUUAUGGGUUCAGAGUGGUUAGGCAUGUUCCUGCUUUUUAAUGUGCUUUCUCACCUCCGCUGACACCGAAAGAGUUAAACCGUUCAACACAUGAACAGACCUGCACAUGCACACAAAAGUAAUAUGUCAGAUACUUGGCAUCGAUCUGUAGUGCAGUCCAUUAGUCUGCCAAUUUGGGUAUGUGCUCUGCUCACUGCAUUAUUCCCUCUGCCCUGCACGGAGAGGUGGUUAAUGCAAUUCCUACUUGGUUUUAUUACAUCAUUUAAUUCCAUGUUUGCCAAAGGCUUCCAACACCAGCCCCAUCAAGCCUCAGGACUUUCCACCCCCUCUAUGGAAGCCUUUCCAUUGGGUUUGUGAGAAUUAAAUUAAACUUAUAUGUGCUGAGAGACUGGCAAUAAUCGUGCUGACCCGAUGAGAUGCUGGAUCUUUAACCACAGAGCCGUGUAUACCAGCAGAGCAUUUUGGGAGGGGUUGGGAUGGGGGUGGGGGAUCACACUCUGGGACGGGUACAAUUGUCGUCAGGUUUAACCUCAAUAUGUAUAUUUAAACCAGUUCCCCUAUAUACACACAGAUUGUAAAUAUAUUUAGCAAAAGUCUGUUCACAUUUAAGAAUGUAUAUCUUAAACAAUAAAGAAAAUCUGACGUUUUGCCUUGUUCCAUUAGCUCCAGGUCGUUAUUUCAGGAUGUGUUCGAUAUUUUAAGUUGCAUUUGUUGGACAAAAACUUACUACUGAAAACAAAG